UUCUCCAACCUCUCUCUAUAAAGGUUUCGACAGCAAAAUCUGGGAGAGGGGAACCAAACUCCAUUUCUACUGUGUCUCUCCGACAUCCUCCUAUAGCAAAGGGACAAGCGGGAAACUGAAAAUUGAGGAAAGCAAAACUCAAUUUUCAAACAGCUCAAUUUUUAGUUUUGAUCCCAAUCUGGAAUUGAAACAAUGGUGGUCGACCAAGAUCAGCAAUGGCUGCUCGGUUGCUUAUCAGCAAGUCUUGACCCUAACCAAAACGUUCGUUCUUUCGCUGAGACCUCGCUCAAUCAGGCUUCUCUUCAACCAGGGUUUGGCAGUGCAUUGUGCAGGGUUGCUGCUAACAAAGACCUCUCUUUGGGAUUGCGCCAACUAGCUGCUGUCCUGUUAAAGCAGUUCAUCAAAAAACAUUGGCGAGAGAACGAGGAAGCCUUUGAAUAUCCUGUUGUCUCAAAUGAGGAAAAGGCUCUGAUUCGAGGACAACUGUUGGGCUCACUUGAUGACUCUCAUCGAAAGAUCUGUACGGCUAUUAGUAUGGACAUAUCGUCAAUUGCCACAUAUGAUUGGCCAGAAGAGUGGCCUGAGCUAGUGCCUUUUCUCCUGAGGUUGAUUAGCGAUCCAAAUAACAUUAAUGGAGUUCAUGGAGCCUUGAGGUGUUUGGCUCUUCUCUCUGGUGAAUUGGAUGACAAAGAGGUUCCUACACUGGUACCUGUGCUGUUUCCUUGCCUGCAUGAAGUCGUAUCCUCUCCUCAGAGCUAUGACAAGUAUAUUCGAGGAAAAGCCCUUUCAAUUGUUUAUUCAUGUAUAUCUGUUCUUGGAGCAAUGAGUGGUGUGUACAAGACGGAAACUACUACUUUAGUGAUGCCUGUGCUUAAGGUUUGGAUGAAUCAGUUUUCACUUAUACUGGAACAUCCUGUGCAACAUGAGGAUCCUGAUGAUUGGAGUUUAAGAAUGGAGGUCUUGAAGUGCUUGAAUCAGUUUGUACAGAAUUUCCCAGUUCUCAUCGAAAGUGAAUUGAUGGCUAUUAUGAGGCCAUUGUGGCACACAUUUGAGUCAUCUCUACAAGUCUAUCUUCGAUCGUCAAUUGAAGGUGCUGAAGAUUCAUAUGAUGGAAGAUAUGAUUCAGAUGGUGAAGAGAAGAGUCUUGACACUUUUGUCAUCCAGUUAUUUGAGUUUCUGUCAACCAUCGUUAGCAGUAGAAGACUGGCAAAGACCAUUUCCGGUAAUGUCAGCGAGUUGGUAUAUCAAACCAUCGGUUUCUUGCAGAUUACAGAACAACAGGUUCAUACUUGGUCCAUGGAUGUAAAUCAGUUUGUAGCCGAUGAAGAUGAGGGUAGCUACAGUUGUCGAAUAUCAGGAAUACUUUUGUUGGAGGAAGUUAUCAAUACUUUUGGUAGCGAAGGGAUCAAUGCUGUUGUUGAUGCUACCGGAAAACGGUUCCAAGAGUCUCAAAAUGAAAAGGCAGCUGGUUCUCCAGCCUGGUGGAGAGUAAGAGAAGCUGCUCUCUUUACUUUGGCUUCUCUUGCUGAUCAACUUGUUGAAGCUGAGGACUUGACAACUGACCCUGCCUUAGCUAAAUUUGUUGAGCAAUUGAUUAUGGAAGAUACUGGAAUUGGGUAUCAUGAAUGUCCCUUCCUUUAUGCCCGCAUAUUUACAGCUGUUGCUAAGUUCUCUUCUGUGAUCAACCCUGGAAAUCUUGAGCACUUCCUCAAUGCUGCUGUUAGAGCUAUAAACAUGGAUGUGCCGCCACCUGUAAAAGUAGGCGCAUGUCGGGCACUUUUGCAGCUCCUACCUGAUAUGAACCAUUCAGCUAUUCUGCCUCAGAUCAUGAAUUUAUUCUCAUCUCUCACUGAUCUUCUCCAUCAGGCUUCAGAUGAAACUUUGGUUUUGGUACUUGAAACUCUUCAACAAGCAAUUAAAGCUGGCCAUGACGCAUCCGGUUCAAUAGAGUCUAUUAUCUCUCCAGUGAUUCUUAAUUUGUGGGUUGCACAUGUUUCAGAUCCCUUUAUGAGUAUCGAUAUAAUUGAUGUCCUGGAGGCAAUAAAAAAUUCACCAGGCUGCUUUCAUCCACUGACAUCAAGGAUUUUACCAUUCAUAGGACCAAUUUUAAAUAAGCCACAUCAGCAGCCUGAAGGACUAGCGAGUGGAUCCUUGGAUCUUUUAACUAUGCUUCUUAAGGGUGCCCCAAGUGAUAUAGUGACAACUGCGUAUGAUUUUUGCUUUGCUGCUGUCAUUCGUAUCAUACUCCACAGUGAGGAUCAUAGCGAAUUACAGAAUGCCACAGAGUGUCUGGCAGCUUUUGUAUCUAGUGGAAGACAAGAGUUGCUCACUUGGAGUGGUGAUCCUGCUUUUACCAUGAGAAGUUUGCUUGAUGCAACUUCUAGGCUUCUUAACCCUGAUCUGGAAUGUUCUGGAUCUCUCUUUGCUGGGAAGUACAUUCUACAGCUUAUCUUGCAUCUUCCGUCAGAGAUGGCACCCCAUGUCCGGGAUCUGGUUGCUGCUCUAGUAAGACGGUUGCAGUCUGCUGAAAUGUCGGCUUUAAGAGGCUCAUUGCUACUGAUUUUUGCCAGAUUGGUUCAUAUGAGUUUUCCGAAUGUCGAUCAAUUUAUCAAUCUGCUUGUGAGCAUACCCGCUGAUGGCCAUGAAAAUUCCUUUACCUAUGUAAUGACAGAAUGGACUAAACAACAAGGGGAGAUACAAUCCGCAUAUCAAAUCAAAGUCACAACAUCAGCUCUGGCCUUGCUACUGUCCACCAGACAUUCUGAAUUCGCAAAGGUUAAUGUCCCAGGCAGUCCGAUUCAGUCCAACGGUGGCAUAAUCACUCGCUCAAAAGCUAGAUCCGCUCCUGAUCAAUGGACCAUUAUCCCUCUACCCAUGAAGAUACUGGCUUUACUAGCUGAUACAUUGAUUGAAAUCCAAGAGCAAGUUUUGAAUAGUGAGGAUGAGCAGGAUAGUGAAUGGGAAGAAAUCCAUGAAGGAGACGCUAAAGCUGCGAAAGACUUGCUACCUUCAGCUGGUGCCCUCCAAUUCAGCAAACCCACAUAUGACCAACUUGAAGCAAUGGCUCGUUUCGAGAACCAAGGCGAUGAGGUUGAUGACCAUCUACUUGGUACCGACCCCCUUAAUGAGAUUAAUCUGGCAAGUUAUGUGGCUGAUUUUUUGUUGAAGUUUUCGAGUGAAGACCGGGCUCUGUUUGAUAAUCUUUGCCAGGGGUUAACAAAUGCGCAAAGAAACGUGAUCCAUAUGGCACUGAACCGCUAGGCUAGGCUUGGGCGUCAUAAUUCACAAUUCAUGUCUUGAGUGAUGUUUUUUUGUCCGCUGAUUGAUUCUUGGGGAGUAAAGAAGUGGUAGCAUCCCUUUUAUAAAAGUAUCAUUUUACACAAGUGUUAAAAAUAGUGAAAAUAUCCUUGGAAUUUUUAAGAGAGUAAAUCCUCCAGUUUCAUGAUAAA